CGCCCAUCACCUGACCUGACUAUUUUUAUUGUUAAUCGAUUUGUAUUUUCCAAGGUAAGAGCCUCAUGUGCCCCGCAAGCUCUCCAGCCAGUAUUGUGCGCUGGCAACUGAGACAUGCUCCCCAAGAACGCUGGUGUGGAAAAUGUCUUGGGCGAUCAGGGCUGUCGUUGCUAUGCUCCGGAAUUUGCGAAGAUUUCGUGCUGUCCACGCUUUGACGAUCACUUGGUUUCCUCUCGUCAUCUCAUCUGGCUGGAAUUGUAUACAAAGGAUGAUGGAGAGCCGUCGUCUUGUCCACUCUCUUCGUCUCCUUCAUCACUGUUGCGAUUCGCAAUGCUCCAGCUGGCUGUGCUGCGUCGUCCCUCAUGCUCGUCCUCUCACUCGUGCUAUGGCUAACGGUGGCAGCCCAAGUAUACGCUAGGCUCCCUAGAACCCACCUGCAUCUCCAUCUGCAUCGGCUCCCGCGCCAGCCCACGCAACCUCCAACCGCAGCCGAACUUACCGACCAUAAAGUUCCCCUCAGACGACAUAUUGGCCUGCACGAAGACGGUGUGCCGCGAUUCCCAAACAGCACAGACCCUGGUGACCCGGUUGUCUACGAUAUCCAUCUUCCGGCGACUGUGACUGUGCAGACCAAGGUUCUGGAAACAGGCACAGUACAUAUACUCCCCACUCUGCCUCAGAUCACACCGCAGCGAGGCCAAUUCCACCGCAAGCUCAAUCUCUUUGGGCGACCUACUCAAACACCAUUGCUUCCCAUCCCGGUAUUGAGUCCUAUAAACCAGCCUCUUCCACCAUUGAAACCCCAUCCGACACCUCAUCAUCCGCCAAGGCCGCCCACCAUGCCUUCUAGCGACAUCUUUGCGGACCCGAUAGGCACCAAAGCCCCGCCUCCGUCUAUCCCAUCCAGACCUGACCAUCCCGUGCCCAAGACUGGUCUUAUUUCAAACAGCCCUUUGCAGACAAACAAGUUCUACUCUAAUUUCUUUCUGGGUGACCGAUUGGGCACCACUUACACUUUCCCAUACUCAGUUGCCUUCAAUGGCGGUCGUGCCCCGAGCCACAGCUGGGGCAUUGCGUGCAACCAUGUCAACGCUAGACAGCGCGUGUUUGGGCCAAACAAGUACAACAACUCUUCUUCGUACUACCUAAACCCUGUUGGUAUUCAAUCCAUGGUUAUUUCCGCAAAGGAAUUAGGAAACUCUACGACCAUGACCAUGGACAGCAUCACCGCCUUCUCAGCCCGAGUCAAUCUUGCUCGCGAUGCCACAUCUCCUCCAGCCAUUUCUUUCCCAUUGGUGCAAGGCAUGGCUUACAUAACCGCUCAGUAUAAUGGUGCAACUCCAGUGCUUGAGACGGGUGUAUUUUUCAAGAAUAUGACUCGAAUCACCCGUCAGCCAAAGGAAAAUGUUGCCAAAUACGUGUUUGUACUGGAAGAUAACUCAACUUGGCGUCUGUACGCCUGGCGGACAAGAGGCGAUGAUCUGGAAUUGAAGGUGACUAACAACGGCCGGGCUGAGGCUCAAGGUCCCUUUUAUGGUAUACUGCAAAUCGCCAAGGAUCCCGUCACAGAUGGCUCCGAAAAGCUCUUGGAUGACGGAGCUGGUGUGUAUCCCGAAACCGUGCAGGUAACAGGCACAGCCAGUGGUUCUGUUGGAACCUACACCUUCCACUUUCAAAGGGCUGGUCACCAAGAAGGAAAUCUGUACAUGUAUGCUCUGCCUCACCAUGUGGCGUCUUUCAGCGGUGAGACGACGCAGCGAGUUCAAAAGAUGCAGCUCGACACAACCACAAAAGGAUGCGCAACACUUGUCAAAGGCAAUGAAUGGACUAUGGAAGAGCGCAAUAUGCCAGUCGAAAUGGGUUUCAACCCUUGGCACCCUGGCCGUGGCUCCGUAGGAAACCUCUCUGAUCACGCCAAACAAACUAUCCGAGCAGCUGCUCAGAGGGAGCUACAACAGAACAUGAUUCAGCAUUCGAACCUGGAUUCCAUGUACUUUAGUGGCAAGGCACUGGCCAAGUAUGCCACUAUCUUGUAUGUCGUCCAUGAGAUGCUUGGGGAUAAAGAUAUGGCACGCGCUUCCCUUGGCCAGCUCAAGGCAGCAUGGGAUAUAUUUGCUUCCAACAGGCAAAAGUACCCACUUGUUUACGAAUCUUCAUGGGGUGGCAUUAUUUCUUCAGCCAUGUACAUUACAGGCAACGAUGCUAGCGACUUUGGUUCUGGAUACUACAAUGACCAUCACUUUCACUACGGCUACUUUUUGUUAGCUGGUGCUAUGAUUGCGUACAUGGACCCCGACUGGCUUCCGGCGAACAAGGAUUAUCUCUUUGCUCUGGCAAGAGAUUUCGCAAACCCAAGCGCAAAGGAUCCUCUCUUCCCCAUGUUUCGAUCUUGGGACUUUUACCAUGGACACAGCUGGGCCCAUGGCUUAUAUGCCUCUGCCGAUGGUAAAGACCAAGAAUCCAGCUCCGAGGACAUGAUGCAAGCGUUUGGCUUGAAGAUGCUGGGCAAAGUCAGCGGUGACUCCAACAUGGAGGCUCGCGCCAACCUACAACUGGCAAUCAUGGCCCGAAGCAUGCCCAUGUACUACCUCUACGAUUCGGACAAUAAGGUGCAGCCUUCCCAGUUCAUCAACAACAAGGCAGCAGGCAUUCUAUUUGAAAACAAGAUUGAUCAUGCGACCUAUUUCUCGGCUGAGCUCAAGUGCAUCCAGGGUAUCCAUAUGCUCCCGCUGCUUCCGUCAUCGCCGUACAUUCGACAGGCAAAAUUUGUCCGGGAAGAAUGGGAGGCAUUUUUUGACGGAAGAAUGGAUGACAUCCGGGACGGCUGGAAAUCGGUCAUUUACGGCAACUAUGCGACGAUUGAGCCGCAAAAGGCAUGGGUGUACUUUACUUCGCCAACCUUUGAUCCGGCUUGGUUGGAUGGCGGAGCGUCGCUGACUUGGUACAUGGCAUACGCAGCUGCAAUGGCAAAUUUGUAAAAUGUACGGUGGCUGCAACGGGAUAUAAAACAGGUGACGGUGGAAACAGCGGGAGAGGGGCUAUGCUAUGCAUUUCCAUGACUAGACAAUAGUAGAAUGAUAGACACACAUAGACGUAUAGAAUGCUAUAGUUGGGUGAGAUUGGCAAUAAGACACAUUUCUAUUUUACCGGGACUGUGUCAUGCAGAUGGAGCAGUGUAGACAAGGCCAAGACAUUUGAUGCGCUGAGGCUGUGAUUGGGCCAAGAAGGCAGACGGAGGUUGAAUUUAAGUAGCGUCUUGGCAGGCAGUGAAUCUCUGCGAGGGUAGUGAGGCUGAGCUUUUGUCGAUUUGCGAUCUAGAAGCGUAUUCAACGGCGACGGAGCCUGGCGCAGCGCUGUAGUAUUUUUAAGGUUGAGUGUUUGGAUGCAGCCGUUUGCGGGCGCUUAAUUGGGACUAUGUCACAGGAAAGUGUAAAUUGGGCAGCAGGCAAAAAUAUUUUGUCAUUUUGUUUUUGUGAGCGCCGAUCAGCAUGAAAC